GUCCUUGGUUUUUAAUGAAUUGCAUAUCGUAUUUAGUUUGCAAAACACUUCCUAGUCAGCUGAUGGUCAAAUUGCGUUUUGGCCACUAUGUCUAAUUUUAGCACAUUCAGCUAAUAGAAGACUUUAGUGCUUUUGUAUGUGAAAAUAAUGAAAAUGAGAAUAUACAGUGUUUAUCAGUAUCAGCUGUAAAAAUGUCAGUUAACUGUCGUCACGAUGGUCGAGAAAAACUUGGGAAAUUCGUUGUGAACGGUGUGUCAUAUAGUAUUUAGCAUUUAUUUCUUAUUAAGGCUACACUUUUAUUGUUUUUGGUGAUAAAAAGAAGGUAUGCAGAGAAGAAUAUUGUUUGUUUAAGGUUUUUUUUUAUAAAAGUGGGUAAAAUGCUGUUCGUUUUUCACGUAGAUACUGGUACAAUGAUGACUUUCGAUAUGAGUCUUGCUCUAGAAAGUGUCGAAAACCUAAAGUCAUAUGUGGAAGAAGCUUGCAAAAUACCAUCCGAUAAACAAGUGUUACUUAUAAGUGGUGGUGAAUGUUUAGAUCCAAAUAAGAGGGUCUGCUCAUACUCGGCAGGUACAGACACAAACCCCAUUUUUCUGUUUAGUAAAUCUGUUAUAGAGUCCUCCACACCACCACUUCCUAGCAUAGAUUAUGGAUCUGACGGAGACUUAAAAGAUAAAUUGAAAGAAUGUUGCGAUCUGCCAGCAACUCUAAGUACCGUGACAAAGCGAGCACAGUUAGCUCAACAAUUUCAGGAGCUUGCUAGAGAACAAACAAAGGUUUGUGAGAAUCUUGUUCUCGACCAACAUUUGCAGCAACAGGGCUGGUCCGCUGUUGUAGCGAAUCUAGAGGAUAUUACUUCUGAAUUUAAGAAAAGAUCCGAAAUUUUUGAGAAAAGCUUCAAUGAUUACAUGGAAGAGAGGGACUCUUAUCUCGCAUUUCUAAAACAUUUUAAUGAUGAUUUAGUAGUUUUACAAAAAAUUCCUAUUCUGUCAGCACUUCUUGAAUUAGAGAAACAAAACCCCGAAAGUGAAACCUCUAAAACUUUAGAGGACAAUACAAAUACCUCGCAAGGUACAGAGAGCGCGAAAGAGAUCACCUUGCUGGAAUGGAUAUCUUCGGCGGACAGUAAAAGCACUAUGGAUCAGCUUUACGAGCAUUGUUCGAGAGGCUUAGAGCAGUUUGAUGCUCAAGUGUUCAAAUCAUUGAAAGAAGAGAUAGCGGAAAUGUUGAAGAGCGCUGAUAAUCCACAGAUGAAGGAAGUAAAAGGCCUUGGGGAGAGACUCUUUGGCCUGGAAACUCUGAUGAGAGAAGCCAAAAAAUAUGUACAACAACAAGCUGAUUUAGCACAAUCAUUUUUGAAGAAUCAGAGCAGAGCGAAUAACCUGCAAGAUCAGUCAAUUCUUCCCGACCUCUGUGCCUCGCACAGAAAGCAAUUGCAGCUCAUAGCACAUAACCACCAGCAGCUGUGCGACAUAAGACGCCGUUGCACCAAAGCUAAGGAAGAGUUAAGCGUGAAUUUAUACCAUCGUCUGAGGUGGGUUAUGUAUAUCGAAGAUCACAUACUAGAAAUCGACCAGAAGCUCGUUAUAUACCAUGAAAAUUUAAAGCGCCUUCGAAGGCACUUGGAAGUCUUGCAGCAAAUUCAUCUGGCUCCCGCCACCUAUUUAUGUGCAGUUGCGGAGGUGGUCAGAAGAAGGACCUUUUCGCAGUCGUUUUUACUUUGGGCAUCAGAAUUGGCAUGUCAUCUCUUAACCAUACACAAUGAAGAGGUGACUAGAAGGAAAGAGUUCCAGGCCCAGUUCGAGGGUCACUUUUUAACAUCCUUGUUUCCCGGCAUGGAGGACCUGCCUCCAUCGUUUGCCACACAGGCGCCUUCCAUGUUCGAUUCUAGUUUGCCGAAAAUAACUGUGGACGAUGUAGAUAGACUUAAGAAGGAGUUACCGGACUUGGCGGAUAAUUUAAACAUACCGGACACCUCCGCGAUUACUAACUUCUUCCUAAUAAAGUCGCUUGUGAAGAAGGAGGAGGAGAAGGUGGACGAAACGGUGGCUGUGGAAGAGAAAUUGGUUCAGGCUGUUAAUGAAGUAGGACUAGCUAGUAAUUUAGAUCAUAAUUUGUUGAAAGCAACUGGGAGUGAACCGUGUUUGACUACCGCCCACGGGCUGCCCCAUCUUAAAGAUUUGGAUAGAGGCUGUGAGUCUGAGACGGACACCGAGGAAUUUGAGAAAGUCGGUCAGAGCCCAAUGGAAUUACACUUUGACAAGCAGCUCCCGUCUUCCCGUCCUGGCACGCAAGAUGCCUCAACAUCCACAGAGGAUAACCUUCAAAUUUCAAGAAGCGAGCACGAAAAGUUGAAGUCAUUUUUGAUUCAAAUGCACCACCUAGCAAAAGAAGCUACAGUUCAGCUUAGGUCCGAGUUAAAUGAUUUAAGGACACAAGUGCUGUCGGAUAAAACUGUCGUCAGUCAGCAUUACGAAAGUUUAGGCAGUUCGUGGGAGAACUUGAUUGUAGAACGAGACGUUAAGGAAAAAGAGUUAGUUGUCAGUAUAAAGAAAGAUCAUGAGCUAACUGUGAACGAUUUUAAGAAAGUUGAACAAGAGAAGAACGAAAAAAUUCAGAAUUUGUUGAUGGAAAAGAGUCAGUUGGAAGCGGAGGUGCUGAAAAGUUGUGAAAAUUUAAGCGAUCUGCAAGAAACUUUAAAUAAAAUUAAAGAGGAAAAUGAGAAAAAAGUUGAGGAAUUGCUCAACCAACUAAGCGAAAAAGAGCUUGAAAAAGAACGAAAUAUAAGGGAGACAACUGAGAGAUUGAACCGAGAACAUGCCACAGAAUUACAAAACAUUAGGUCUCGUUUUAAAUUAAUGACGAUGGAGAGAUCACCAACUGACUCUUCCCUAGAAUGGACUAGUCAGUUUAGUAGCACACAUCAUAAUACUUUAUUGGCUCAGAUGACGGAAAAUUUUGAAAUAGACAAGGAGAAGGCCGUUGUUUCUGCCUUACAAAGAGAAAAUGAAAAAUGGGAACGACUUCUGGUGGACAAAACUAAAGAAAUGGAAGUCAGAUUCGAGCAAGAAAAAGAGAGCAUACUUCAGGAUGCAAUUAAAGCAAUUUCCGAGGAGAAAGACAAGCAAAUCGAAAUGUUAGCCGAACGUGAACAGAAUUUAAAUUCGGAGUGCAUAAAAUAUAAAAACACUAUUCAGCAGCUCACUGAGAGCGAGAACCAAAGUAAUGAUUCAGAUUUAUUAGACCGCAUCAAUACUCUACAAACAGAAAAGGAAAAACUGGAAAUAGAAUUAGAGAAAAUUAAAAGUGAAAAAGCCGUUGACCUUUCUGCCUCUGUAGCUAUAGUGGAAGGAAAAGAUGCGACAACUAGCCCCAUAAAACAGAAAGAGAUUAUGUCCAGAAGUGACGUUUCUUUGGCAAAAGCUGGAAAAGUGAAUAUAGAGUCUUGCAAAGCUGGAGAUCUAGUGCUGGUUUUAUGGGAUCCCGGUCACGAGAGCUUCCAAGUGUUGCAGGAGAACAAACACAUGUACUUUUUACACUCUGAUUAUUUAGAAGUUCUGGGUCUCGAAGUUUCCGAUGGGAAACCUAAUAAAUUUCAUUGCACUGGAGUUGUCAUAGACAAAGAAUACUGCCAUGCGAGGAAGUCUGAAAACAGAUACAGGGUGCCAAAGGGUACGAAGUUCUUCAGGGUGAAAGUUCAACCUUUGCCGUCUUCAGCCGCAUCCAAAGACAUCACCAGAAGUCUGUACCAUCAGAGAUCCACGGCCACAGACAUCUCCCACAUGUCCCAGAGUCACUCCACAAUCUCCACCAUUACAGAAAUCAUUCCCGAGGACAAAACAGAUUCUCAUUCGUUGCCCCCCUCGCCCACGUCGGAGUACCCUACUAUAUUAGAAAACAAAAUCGAGGAAGCAGAUCCUCUCACCGCCGACGUCGUGAGUGUCGAGAAAUGCUUCGCCGAGGACAGCGGCAUCGUGGACAACAUCGAACAGGCAGCGGCAGCUUUGGACGUGACUCUUACUACAGAAAGUAACGAGGGUAGUGAUCGGUGUGCGACAUAUUCAACGAAAUUAGAUGAGCAGCAUGCGUAUAUUAGCAGUACAUGGUUAGAAAUGAUGAUCAGCCGGGUUUUUAGUAAAAGUUAUCAAAACCAAUAAAACAGUGGCACAAAAUAGUAUGUAAUUGGUUUUUCCUCAGUCUUAACAGUUCUAACUAAGUUUCUUAUUUUUUUAUAUCCAUCACUUAAACUAAUACCGUUCAUGUUAUUAACUCAACUACCCAACAUCAUCAAUUCAUUCUCUGUGUUCAUAGGAUAUUUUUGGAUUCUCUUUUAGGACAGGCGGAAUAUUUAAUGUGUAGAGGUAUUAGUUUGUAGCUCUAACAACUUUAUUAAAAUAUAAAUUAGUUCCUUUAGCAAAGCUGUAGAUAUACUUACAAGGGCGGAAAGUGUGUCGUACCGUUAAGAAAAGUUAAAUGUGAUCUAAAUUAUAGAUUAUCGAUCGUUAGUUUUGUUUGCGUACGUUUAAAGUGAGAUAGUAGUGAGAGAGAACAUUAUUAACUGUUUAUAAUUUGUCGAACGUUACGGAACGUGUAACGAUUCAGUCAACUUUUAGUUUUAAGUGAAACAUAUUAUAACUGUAAGGAGAAAAAAUAUAGUUAGUUUUAUUUUUAGCUAGUUUUAAGUGUUUGAAAAUUUAUUUAAAAGUAAUGUUGUUUUAUGUCUAAGAAAUAAAUCUCAUUAGUUCCUUAUCAAAACUAUAGAAGAAGGCCAUAAAAAUGACAUACAUUUUUUAAUUUUCAGCAAUUUAAAUAUAUAAGUAAAUAUAUUUUGCGAGUACUGGAGAGUUUAAACUUUCAUCUAAAGCUGCCAAUAAUAUUUAUUUUACAUUUCAUGUACAAUAACUGCGUUGGGGUCAUAUUGACCAUUGAGAAGCAAUCCGGUGGCGUUCAUAUGGCACAAACGAUUACGAUUUAGCUUGUUCCUGCUAGUGCUGAUGCAGCUCACUGUGUAAACAAAUAUACAAAGAUCUCAUAAUUAAUUACAAUUUAUCGUUACACAGAACAUCAGUAUUGAUACGUUUUUGACUUUUUCUCAGAAUAACAUGUAUGUUUUAACCUUUGGUGAGAGAAUAUAUUGAUAAUAGUGCCUCUUUUAAAAUAUUUUGACAAAUUCAUUGAAAUUAACAGUCCUGUUGAAGGAUGUUUGCAAACCUAGGAAAUCAGCAAAAUUGGGAAAACUGGUAAUUUUGAGAUAUACAGAGCGUCCUGAUUUAUAGGUGUACAAACCAUUAAGGAGGAACAUCCAAGUAGACAGCGCAAAAAUAGGGGAAUUAUAGGAAUUAUUAUCUCAAAAACUAUUUGAUUUUAUCCAGGUCCAGAUUUUAUUUAAAAGUGUACAUAUUGCAGCAAAUUUCUUUAAAAAUGUAUAUCAACUGGGAGCGCUGCUGUCAUAGGCUUACAAAACCAACCCUCGCUCGCACGGUCUGCGGUUCCCAAGAUUACACGCAGUUGGUUGACCUGAAACAAAAAUUUCAAAAAGUUUCUUAAAUAUAAUAUAUGGCGGCCUAUUGAACUUUGCAUUCAUUUUCAACGUUAAUUUCCAACCUUUCUAGCUUAAUAAAAAAGAAUUAAGUAGUGAAAAAAUUGUAUAUUUGGAAGUAGAAAACAUGUUCGAAAAUAUUGUGUCAAAUUUUAGAAGCAAUUGGUUGAGCUUUUCUGAAUAUUUUGGAAACCGACUGAAUAGUAUUGAGAUAAUCGUGUUCUCGAUAAAUCGCCCAUAACUUUUACAGUUCUUGGAAUAUCAAGAUAAUUACACAAGGUAUUCUUCAUAUUCCAAAAUUGGAAAAUUCUUUUGGAAAAAUCGGUUUUUGUAAAAAAUUCAUAAUUGCUUAUACAAUCUGCGAUUCCUGGACUAUAGAGUAGGCCCUCCACAGUACUGGCAGCAUCUUUUGUAGCAUUCCACAUAACUUCCACAAUUAUUGGAAUUGGAAUUUUAAUAUGAAAUUUACACAAUAUUUUUAAGACUAGAAAAUUCAAUCCGAGCGAAAAAAAUUUGAAAAAAACACUUUUUUCUACUCCGAUAUUCCUCCUUAACAUAAUAACUAACAUGCUCAAACGGUUUUUAUUAAAUAAAGCCUAAGAAUGUGCAUUAGGGUGGCCCAAAAAAAAAACUAACAUUUUUUUUCAUGUCUU